CUAUUAGAAGCUAUUAAACGUGUUAGAAACUAUCAGCAGAGUGGUUUAGUUUCACUGUUUCAGGCGUUUCCCGCGGGCAGCUGUGAGCGCGGGCGUCGGAGAAACAUGGCGGAGCUGAAGAACUGUGCAGAACUGAAGCUUAUUGGCUCUUAGAUCCAGAGAGAGUUUGCAGCAUCAGUCAGCGUCCGCCGGAGUUGAUGAUUCAACAGGAGAAGCCGUUUGCGGGCAGUAUGCCGGUGGUUUGGCCCACGCUGCUCGACCUCAGCAGAGAUGAAUGCAAACGAAUCCUGCGCAAACUGGAGCUGGAAGCGUACGCCGGUGUGAUCACUGCUCUGCGUGCUCAAGGAGAUCUCACCAAAGACAAGAAGGAGCUGCUGGGAGAACUCACUCGAGUGCUGAGUAUCUCGACGGAGCGUCAUCGAGCCGAGGUGCGCAGAGCGGUGAACGACGAGCGCCUGACCACCAUCGCGUAUCACAUGUCGGGGCCCAACAGCUCGUCCGAGUGGUCCAUCGAGGGCCGGCGGCUGGUUCCUCUCAUGCCCAGACUGGUUCCUCAGACGGCCUUCACUGUGAUGGCCAACGCAGUGGCCAGUGUGACCGCGCACCAGAACGCCUCGCUGCUGCUGCCCGCAGACACCGCCAACAAGGAAGUGGUGGUGUGUUACUCGUACACCAGCACCACCUCCACCUCGUCCAGUGCGUCGGCUCCCAGCAGCAGCGCAGUGACUGCCCUUAAAUCCCCUCGACCUGCCAGCCCUGCCUCCAACGUGGUGGUGCUGCCCAGCGGGAGUACAGUCUACGUCAAGAGUGUGAGCUGCUCCGAUGAGGACGAGAAACCUCGUAAGAGGCGGAGAACAAACUCGUCUAGCUCCUCCCCCAUGCUGCUGAAGGAGGUGCCUAAAGUGGCCACGCCCAUUUCCAAAACCAUCACGGUGCCGGUGAGCGGCAGCCCCAAGAUGAGCAACCUGAUGCAGAGCAUCGCCAACUCCCUCCCGCCGCACAUGUCUCCGGUGAAGAUCACCUUCACCAAACCCUGCACCCAGACCACCAACAGCACCACGCAGAAGGUGAUAAUCGUGACCACGUCUCCCAGCUCUAACUUCGUGCCCAACAUCUUGUCCAAGUCACACAACUACGCGGCCGUGUCGAAGCUGGUCUCCAGCGCCGCGCUCUCCGUCUCCAGCCACAAACAGACCAUGGUGCUCUCAGCCGGCUCCAGCGCGGCCCCGGGGCCCGGUCCUGUCGCCGUGACGACCACUGUGUCCUCCACACCCUCAGUGGUGAUGUCCACCGUCACACAGGGCGGCUCCUCCGCGGCGGUGAAGCUGUCCUCCACUCGUCUGCCGUCUCCUAAGUCUCUGGUCAGCUCUCCGUCUCAGAUCCUGCAGAUCUCUAAAGCGCAGCAGCAGACGGCGUCUCCUAAAGCUCUGCAGACGUCUCUCUCGUCUCAUCAGAGCUCCAGCGCCGGAGCCAAACCCACCAUUCAGAUCAAACAGGAGUCUGGAGUGAAGAUCAUCACGCAGCAGAUGCAGCCCAGUAAGAUCUUACCCAAACCCUCCAGUGCCACGCUGCCCAGCAGUAGCUCCGCCCCUAUCAUGGUGGUCAGCAGCAACGGCGCCAUCAUGACCACAAAACUAGUGUCCACCCCCACAGGUGCAGCAGACGUGUGUCACAGCACAUGCGUGUACAGAGACGUGUGCUCUCAGGCGGCGUACACGCGUCCCUCCGUCAGUCCUGCGCUCGCUGCUCGAGUCGCCACGUCUCCCGCCGGAGCCACGUACGUCAAGACCACCAGCGGCAGCAUCAUCACCGUCGUGCCCAAGUCUCUGGCCACGCUGGGGGGCAAGAUCCUCACCAGCAGCAUGGUGUCGGGAACCAGCACCAAGAUCACCACCAUCCCCAUGACCUCCAAACCCAACGUGAUCGUGGUGCAGAAGACCACCGGCAAGGGCACGACCAUCCAGGGUCUGCCGGGGAAGAACGUGGUGACCACGCUGCUGAACGCCGGGGGAGAGAAGACCCUGCAGGCCGUGCCCGGAGCCAAGCCUGCCAUCAUCACCGCGUCGCGGCCCAUCACCAAAAUGAUUGUGGCGCAGCCCAAGAGCCUCGGCGCCGGCGUCCAGCCGUCCACCAAGAUCAUCCCCACCAAGAUCGUGUACGGCCAGCAGGGCAAAACACAGGUCCUCAUCAAGCCCAAGCCCAUGGCGUUUCAGACGGCGGUGGUCAGUGAACAGACCCGUCAGCUGGUCAGCGAGACACUGCAGCAGGUCACACGCAGCACAGACGGUCAGGACGGGCCGUACACAGAGAGCAGUCCGGCGGCGUCUGACAGCGCUCACGGUCAGAUCACGGCUCACAGCAGAACACAACGGAAGAAUGAGUCUGAGUGUGUAAGAACAGUGUCUCUGUGUCCAGACGCUCAGCCGGUGGUGCACCUCAUCACCUCCAGGGGGCAGGACUGGACGGAGCAGGAGGUGUCUGUGGAGGCCAGCCCCAGCAUCAUCUACCAGGACAUGAGCGGAGAGUCUCAGUCGGCCACGUCCACCAUCAAAGCCCUGCUGGAGCUGCAGCAGACCAGCGUGAAGGAGAAGAGCGACGCCAAACCUCGCCAGAACACGAUCGACCUGAGUCAGAUGGCAGUGCCGAUCCCGGUGCCGGAGCGGAGACAGUCCCCGGAGCCGUCGGGUCAGAGCACCGGAGACACGGACCCCGGGGCCCAACACCCCCCCACCGGUAAAGUGUGUAAGGCUGUGAUCGGAGCAGAGGUCACUGCGUCCAGCAGCUUCGGUCAGUCAGUGUCCUGUCCAUCAUCAUCAGACACGAGCAGCACCAGCACAUCAGCACACGCCACACAACAGCUGAAGCCGCUGCAGGAGCAGAUGGUGGUGGAUGAGGGCGAGUUAGAGGGAGACACUCUGGAUCCACAGACAGGUUUAUUCUACCGCUCGUCUCAGCAGCACCGCAGUCCUCCGCCCAAACCUGCAGCCGGCCCGUCUGACACGCCCACUUCCUCUAAGAGGGCGGAGCCAGUGACAGCCCGAGCCUCCAUACAGAGAGCGUCUGCGUCUGCGUCUGCGUCUGCGUCUGCGUCUGCGCUGGUCUCCUCCACCCCUCCACACACACCGCAGCUGCCCAGACUGCAGCAGGCGCCCUCCUCACACAACCGGCCCAACACACACACGCAGCUGUCACAGCCGCCGCCGCUGCAGGCGCAUCACCCCGUGGGCUCCAGCAAGACCCCCAGCAGCAGCCAGCUGCAGCAGCCCAUCAUCACGCAGGGAGCGUCCGUCACCAAGAUCACGUUCGGCGCUCAUCAGUGUCCUCCAGUGUCCAGCAGCGGCGAGGCGUCCGUCAAGCUCCAGCCAGAGUCCAGCUCCAGCCUGACAGCACCAGAGAAGCCCUCCGUCUCAGACAUCCUGAAGAUCUCCAUGAUGGAGGCGGAGAUCGAGCCCAUGGUGGUGGACUCGUCCAGUGACUGCGGCCCGCUGACCAAGACCCCGAGCAGCUCUCCGCUCAUCAGCAGCUCCAAACAGACGCUCGCUCACGGAUCCUUCAGCCGCGUCAAGAGCAACGACCUGGACAUCAUACAGGUGAUCCCGCAGUACUCCAUCAUGCCGGACUCCAGCCAAUCAAACGUGGUGGUGGAGCCCAGCGGCUUCCUGGAGAUCAGCGACUUCACCAGCCAGCGUCUGGACGAGGAGGCCGCCAUGGAACAGGAAGUGGACAGCAGCAACGACGAGGGGGCGGCGGCCAGCCCCAUGGCUGACCAAUCACAGUGAAGCCUGUGGAUUUGAUUAUUUCAGAGGAGAAAGACCUUCUGAUUGUGCUUCGUCACGUCUGUAUCAUGCAGAGAGUUUGUGCUGUAGAGACAAACCUUACUCUGUGGAGAAUCAGAUUCCUGAGGAACGAUAGGAAUGUUUCGGGUGGAUUCUAUUUAAAGGGACAGUUCACCCAAAAAUGAUCAUUCUGCCUUUGUUUACUCUCCUUCAAACCUGUAUGAGUUUCUUUCUUCUGUUGAACACAAAAGAAGAUGUUAUGAAGAAUGGUGGCACACAAACAGCCAUAUGUUCCCAUUGACUUCUAUACCAGGGAACAAAAUACCAUGGAAGUCAAUGGCUACCAGCAGCUAUUUAAAAACAUGUUUAUUGAACAGCAGAAAAUAUUUAGCUGGGCCCUAAAAAAUUCAUUUCGUAAAAAACAAAACAAAAAAAACAUUAUCGUAACCAAACUGUUGACGGUAGCCAUUGACUUCCAUAGUAGGAAAAAAAAAUACAAUGGACAUCAAUGGGGACCUAAAUAUUGUCUGUUGUUUUUAACAAUUCCUUCAAGAUAUUCCACAGGAUUAAAAAUCGAAAUAGAUAUUUUGAAGAAUGUUUGUUACCUAAUAGUUGACGGCAGCCAUUGACUUCAAUGGUCAAAGUCAAUGGGUACCAACAGCUGUGUUUACCAGCAUUCUGGAAAAUAUUCAUACAGCUUUGAAACAGCUUGAUAGUGAGUGAAUGAUGACAGAAUGAUUAUUUCUGGGUGAACUGUCCCUUUAAUUUAUAGUCCUGAAUGGAGCUGAUGGACUGGAAGAUGAAGAUGAUGAUGAGUGCUGUGACUCCGCCUCCUCUUGUGUCCUGCUCUCUGAUUGGUGUAAAGAGCGUUUGAUGCUCGUGAACUCUCUGAUGUAAAGCAGUGUCUCGUUUGAGUCUCGUUGUGCUCGAUGGAUGUAACUCUCAGCAUUUUAACUCUAUAAACUUUACUACAAAGCUCUGUGAUUGUGUGUGUGUGUUUGCACAGGUGAGCGGCUCUCGGGUUACGUGUCGGGUGUGUCCACAGGUGCACUCACACACACACACACACACCUGACACUGAGCAUGUUCUGCGGACAGACUGUGUGUGUGUGUGUGUGUGUGUGUGUGGAAAGUACCAGUGUCAUUAUAAGGGCCGAGUUUCCCUUUGACUCCUCAUUGUGAUGGAAACAAAUGCGUGGUGGGCGUGGGACGGGGGUUUUGAGUGUGUGUGUGUGUGUGUGUGUGUGUGUGUGUGUUUCUGGGUGGAUUCCGCUCCUCUGAAGUGGGCAGAGACUCCAGACGAUGGCGGGACUUUCCUGCUGUCCCUGUGGAUCGGAGCGCUCUCCUCCGGGAUGAGUUCUUCAUCUGAAUCUUCAUUGGUCGGUUUCCUUCAUCACUUCCAGCUCUACAGAAGACCAUCUCUAUUCAGAUCCAGUUCUGUUCUCAUCUAACAGUGUCCGUGCCAUCAAACACAUCACUUCAAUUCAACUCAAAAUGUUUUUUUUUCCUCAAUGUAAUUUGUUUUUCUGUUUUGAUUUACUAAAGUUAUUUUAAAAAUUGUUAUUAUUAUUAUUAAAAGAAUUACGUACUACAAAA